UGUCACGAAGGGCGGACGAUGACGACGACUUUCGUUUCUGGGAGCCACUAUGAAGGACGAUCUCCACUUUUCUUGGCGAGCUUGUCCCUAAGUUGAUGCACAAAGCGGCACCACCAAUCGCCGAAGUAAUUUCGUGUGGGAUUGCUUGAUCGUCGAGGAAUCCGAGCAUGUGACAGGCAGCUUGCGGCGCAGAAUUGUAAUCGUGGCCUGCACUGGGAGGUGUGGGUGCGUUUGAUUGUUAGCGAAGCCAUCGUCUCCGAAUCGCCGACGCCCGGUGUUGCAGCGACUAGUGUACAGUUUGUUCACUACCCUCGAUCCCGUUGCAAAAAUACUGGCCGGAAGGAGUUGAGUCUCCUUCGAAACGCAGAAUUUGCUAGGUCCCGGCACUGCCCUCCUCUCCCCAUGUUGACAGAAGCAUAAUUGAUCGCUGACUAAUAACGCAAAAGCGUCAAUUCACUCGAUCGCCUCGAAAAUACUGUUAUUUUCAAGGAUGGCUAGCGUUGGAGGUUUGUGCGAGCGAGACCUACUACCCCCGCAGAGUGAGUCUUCGGGGCUAGGACUUUUUUGGUCACGAACACCACGAAGCUGUGGAAUGUCUUCGGCAAACAAUGGCUGCUGCUCCAUGGACGACAGAGAGCCUGAGGGAGGAUGCAAUCCGCGCCCAUUCGACACUCACAGUGAAGAAAGAGCGGAGAAAUUGGCAUUGCUACGCAAUCACGUUGGUGGAAAGACAUCCACGCCGGAAUUAUCACGCAUUCGGGCUCCAAGAAAAGGUGGAAAACGGCACCACAAUGUGGUGAAUGGCGAACGAGGCCUUUUGAUGUCGUCGCAAGAAAAUGGCGACUCCGAAAAUGCGAACACGGAUGGGAUGAAGCGCUUCCGACCCAAGCUACUGAGAGGAUUGCCCAGUUAUGUGAAGAUUGUGGAAGUGGGGCCGCGAGACGGCUUGCAGAAUGAGAAGACGACUGUCCCUACCCACGUGAAAGUGAUGCUCAUCCGCCGGCUUGCUGCAGCAGGCUUACCAGUUGUGGAAGCCACCAGCUUCGUGUCCCCGAAAUGGGUGCCUCAGCUUGCGGAUGCGAAAGACGUCAUGGCUGACGUCCGGCAUUGUACGAGUAGGUGCCGAUUUCCAGUGCUGACUCCAAACCUUCGAGGUUUUGAGGCAGCGAUAGAAGCUGGAGCGAAAGAGGUGGCCUUCUUUACAGCAGCCUCUGAGUCAUUUGUCAAGGCGAACAUCAAUUGUAGCCUGGAAGAGAGCUUGGUUCGUUACCGUCAGGUCUGCAAGGCAGCCAAAGAGCGCAACAUCCCUGUUAGAGGAUACGUGUCCUGCGCUGUCGCAUGUCCUAUCGAAGGGCCAAUGUCGGCAGCCAAAGUUGCUUAUGUGGCUAAAGAGCUCUACGACAUGGGCUGCUACGAGAUCUCUCUUGGUGACACCAUUGGCGUCGGUACCCCAGGCACGGUCGUGCCGAUGCUUGAAGCUGUGAUGGCUGUGGUGCCAGUCGAGAGCCUGGCGGUGCAUUUCCACGACACUUACGGGCAGGCUCUGGUAAACAUCCUCGUCGCACUUCAGAUGGGCAUCAGUGUGGUGGACUCAUCGGUGGCGGGCCUGGGCGGAUGCCCAUAUGCCAAAGGAGCUACCGGAAAUGUGGCCACCGAGGAUGUGAUCUACUUGUUGAAUGGCCUCGGCAUCCAACACAAUGUCAGCCUCGACAAAGUGAUUGCAGUCGGUGAAUUCAUCUGCGACCAACUGGGCCGAACAUCUUGCUCCAAGACUGCCACCGCUUCCAUGGCGAAGCUCAAGUUGGAGAAGGCGAAUAUGUGAUUUACAAUAGCCACGUUCUCCAAACGGUUUUAAUCUAACUCGUUUUUCACGUUUGAACUCUAAGACUACCAAUUGACCCAUUUUUCCAUGAAAACCUGCCACUGGCAGGAGAUUUCUGUACCUUGUCAAUAUGACAGUGAUGAAAUCACUUUCCAUGCAAUAUAAAAGAUUCCUUCAACGCCUCUUGAUUUAUUUAAAUAAGGGGCACAAAUUGUUCAAAAACA